AUGGCUCCGACAUCAGAGGAUUUGAAGCAGUUACGAGCCUCGCGAGGUUAUACUAAGGCUUCAAUUACCCGCCUUUAUAAUUUUACCAGCAAUGAAAAUGAUGUAGGUCUUAGUGCAAUGUUUGCCUUGGAGACAAAGCGUACAAGAAUAGUUGAGUUGUUUAACGAAUAUGAACAGUAUAACAAGGAGAUUUUAGCCUUAGACGAAGCAGACGCGGAGGAUGUAGCGGACUAUGAGGCAAAGUAUUACCACAUCCUCACAAUUCUUAACGAGGCAAUCAAAAACAAGUCCUCGCCCUCGUCCAAUGCACCUGUGUCAUCCUGUCAAAAUAACUACAAGGCCAAACUGCCUACCAUCAAAAUUGAUACAUAUACUGGAAAGUACAGUGAGUAUACGGGUUUCGUUAAUCUAUUUAGGGCCAUAAUACACAAUGACAGAUCCAUCGAUAAUGUCCAGAAAUUGUACUAUUUGCGCUCAUUUCUUGCAAAUGAACCCUUUGACUUGAUCAAGAACCUUCCUCUUGCUGAAGGCAACUAUGAGGAGGCUCUUAAGCUUUUAGAGGAAAGGUAUAAUCAUAAGUUUAAAAUUGUAAAUGAGCACAUUAAUUCCUUGCUUGAUAUAAAUGCCUUGGUCAAAUCUACCCCAGUAAAUUUAAGACAGUUUGUGUCAAGUGUCAAACAAUCUUUGUCUGCAUUAAAGAACUUAAGUGUAAGUACUGAUAACUGGGAUCCUAUUAUAUUGGCUAUUUUGUACCGUAAAUUAGACACCUACACGUCACGGGCAUACCAAUUGGAGCGCGAUGACACCGAGGAGCCUACAGUCACCGAGUUCCUGCUGUACUUGGAGAAACGCGCCUUGGCACUGGAGAAUGCUGAGCCGUCGCCGACAGCCGGGAAGUCUCACCACAAAGCAGUAGUAAAUGUGACAGCGACUGCCUCGCCUGCCUGCAGCUAUUGUAAGUCUAAACACCGAAUAUUUGACUGUAGCAAAUUCAAGAUGCUUACUAGUAGUGAAAGGAUAGCUUUCGGCAAAAAUAAUAGCCUAUGCUCUGUCUGUCUAAACAAACACAAUGGUAAAUGCCGCUUUCAUUUCCGGUGUAGUACUUGCAAACAAGCUCAUAAUACCUUACUGCAUCCGGACUCGGCUAACCAACCCCAAGUUUCUUUAGUAUCAAAUUUGGGGCAUAAUGGGGUACUAUUACCCACAGUCAGAGUAAAGCUUUAUUCACGGACAGGUAGCGAGGUACAUGUAAAAGCUCUUUUAGAUUGUUGUUCACAAAGCUCUUUAGCCACCACUAAAUUAAUAGGUAUUUUAGGAUUGACCCCAAGCAAGGACAACAGCAACAUUAUUGGUGCUGGAGAAAAAAGUACUGAUACACAGUAUUCUAUACCUUUAGAUGUGUAUUCUUUGACCAUGCCUUACCGAGUCACUGCGAAUUGUAAUAUAAUGGACAAAAUUACCUGCAAGCUCCCACAAAAUGAGAUCAAAUUGGACGCUAUUAAUAUACCUGAUGGAAUCACUCUGUCCGAUGUUGAUUUCCAUCAGCCGUCUGAGAUCAAUUUACUUCUAGGUGCGGACAUAUUUUUCCAGGUCCUCCUUCUGGAGCCAGUUCCCGGUCAGCAGGAGCGGUCUGCGCAGCCUGUUGAAGACCCAGCCAGUUCACACCCGACUGUUGUAAAUACAAAGUUUGGCUACAUCAUAGGUGGGGGUUUACCGCGGCAACAAACCAGUGACAAAAAUAGAUGGCGCUGGCUGUACGUACCCAGUGGAGAAAAUCCGAGCGAUUGCCUGAGCAGAGGCACAGAUCCAGAUGAGCUGCGCCACAUACCCAUGUGGCUGCACGGCCCAAGCUUUCUACAGGAAGAAUGA